AAAUUCAAGCAUUUUCACAACCUUGAAAACACUGAAUUGAAAUUCAAGCAUUUUCAAGGAAUUCAAGCACCCGUGGGAACCCUGCACACAAUAUCUAUAUGAGGUAAAACAUCUGCACCCCAGUAUAAUCCUCAUUUUUAUAAUACUAACUUUUAGUGAAAUGUGGAUUUGGGGAUUUUUAUUUCCACCUGUCUUAAAAAUGGACCCCUGCCUGUAAAAACACUUCUUAUUUUCCGCCACUAGAUGUCAGCAGCGCUGAUGUUUAGUCAGGGACAGACGAGGAGAAAGCGGAAGUACAGCAGCUGGUGGCUAACACACAUUAGCUCACAGCUCACAUGUUGAAAUGAAUGACAGCAGCUGCAACAACAACAACAACACCUGAGCUGCUGUGCAUGCAAAACUCUCAUCGUCACACCUUGAUGUCUCCGGGCUGAAAGUGUUGGGAGUGAACAUGGAGGAAGAGGAGCAGCUGCGCUCCUUCAUGUUCCUCAUGACCUACAUGCUGCUGAAGCGCAGGAGAGACGUCAACAACGCGAGCAUGCAGAGGCGCACCGAGAUCCAGACACGCAUCAGACACCGGCAGUACUUCUUCCAGAGACAGAGGAGGAUGCUCAUGAUGAUGAUAGCAGGAGGGAUCCACUCCAACGUCCGCAUCCGCACACGCCCCUGGACCACCACUCCGAGCACUGAUUGGUGGGAGCGAGUGGUGAUGACAGAAUUCCAGCCGUCUGACUGGCUGGACAAGUUCCGCAUGAGCCGGGAAACGUUCUUCUACCUCUGUGACAAGCUGCGGCCCCGUCUGGCUCGUCAGGACACCAGCUUCCGCCUGGCGCUGCCGGUGGAGAAACGCGUGGCGGUGGCUCUGUGGCGCCUGGCUUCCAAUAUCGAGUACCGCACCAUCAGCGCUCUGUUUGGCGUGGGGAAGUCCACCGUGUGCCGAUGUGUUAGAGACAUGUGUCACGCCAUCGUGGCGCUCCUCAGCUCCAUCUACCUGAGGCCUCCUAGCGAGCAGGAGCUGGAGGAUUCGGCGCAAAUCUUCUUGUCCCAUUGGGGCUUCCCUCACUGCGUCGCUGCCAUAGCAACACUCCACACAGCUAUCAUCACCCCGUCAAACAACGCGUCUGACUACGCCAACCCUGCUGGCUGGCUCUCAGUGCUGUCUCAGGUGGCUGUUAGCGGCCAAGGGCAAUUCUGGGAUGUAUGUGCCAGCUUCCCAGGUGGGACAGACCCGGCUGACAUCCUGCAGAACUCAUCACUGUGGGCCACAGCUGCAGAGGGUGGACUGUCACCUGCUCCACCACCUGUCUUUAUGGGAAAACCACUCAGGUACGUGCUGCUGGGGGAGGCCUGCUACCCUCUGCAGAGCUGGCUAAUGAAAGCCUAUCCCGAGGAAAAGGGCAGGAGGGCAAGCCACACAGCGCCGACAGAGCCACAGAGGCUCUUUAAUCGGCGGCUCACCAGAGCGACACGUGUGCCCGAGGAGGCGCUUCUGAGGCUGAGGGCACGCUGGCAGUGCCUGAGCAAGAGGAACGACUGCGGACUGGACGUGGUGCCGACCAUGAUUCUAGCUUGCUGCAUUCUGCACAACAUGUGCGAGUCCCACGGAGAUGCCUUCAAGGAGGACUGGCAGGUGGAGGUGGCCGAGGCUGAGAGCCCUCAGCCCAGACACAAGCAGCUCCUCUCAACCAGCAUGGACCAAAGUCAUGCUGAGGAAGUCCGACAACUCUUCUGUGACUAUUUUGAACAGCAGAACAAUUAAAAAAAGCUUCUACGCAUAAAGACUGUUACCAAAACAUCCAGAAACAUUUGUACUUGUACGAUCUCUGUAUACCUUUACACUGUGUUAACGUGUAUUUUUAUGCCUACUGUAGCCAGGCAAUGUGUCAUAUGAACUAGACAUGGAUAAUGUAAAGCUUAAAGCUAAACCUGACCAUGUAGACCUCAGCCUGUCAAACCCAAUGACAGUAUAAAGAACAGAGCAACGUAUGCGGCGCUGGCUGCCACUAUGUUGGAUGUACUGGUUCUUCCGCCUCCCGGUUAAUCUAAAUAUCUGUAAAGUGGUUCAUUGGCAAGCGACUGAAAUGUGUAUUUGAAGCACUUUGAAACACUUGGAGCGAGAUGAAUUAACCGUUAUCUCUCUGCUAGGGGUGCAGGGGUAUGCACAGGGUGGCCUCAGCGUGUCAUCGAGCCACCCUUUAGGCCCGCCCACAAAAAAUCCUGAACUGUUUUAACCUCCAACUCCACAUUUCAAAUAUAUAUCGUUCAAAGUCUUUUCACGUGUUUUCAGCAACUAUU